AAGAAGCUCUUCGAAAAGAAAAGCAGUUUUAGUUAUGCCACGUCAAAAUUGACGAACAAAAUAUAGAUUGUUGUAGCAAUAUUAACGUGUUUUUUUCAAUUAGACCGAUCAUUUAUAUCCAGAAAAAGCUACACAAUGGUGUCGGUGCUCAAUUCCAUAGACACAGCUCAUGAAGACAUGAUUCAUGAUGCCCAGCUAGACUACUACGGUACAAAACUGGCCACCUGCUCCUCUGACAGGUCUAUCAAGGUGUUUGACGUGAAAGGAGGACAGCAGAGGCUCAUCAUAGACCUUAGAGGCCAUGAAGGUCCUGUAUGGCAGCUGGCCUGGGCCCACCCUAUGUACGGCUCCCUGAUUGCCUCCUGUGGCUAUGACAGGAAGGUCAUUCUCUGGAAGGAGACUAAUGGAACAUGGGGAAAACUGUAUGAAUACUCCAACCAUGACUCAUCAGUGAACUCUGUCUGUUUUGCCCCCCAUGAGCUGGGCCUGGUGUUGGCCUGUGGCAGUUCAGAUGGCUCAAUCUCCAUCCUCUCAAGCACAGGUGAUGGAUGUUGGGAUGCAAAGAAGAUAAAAAAUGCACACACAAUUGGGUGUAAUGCAGUAAGUUGGGCGCCAGCUCUAGCCCCUAACGCCCUCCUAGACCAGUCAGGGCGGCCUACACUUGUGAAGAAACUCGUAUCAGGAGGAUGCGACAACCUAGUCAAGAUAUGGAGGGAAGAGGAGGGUGAAUGGCAGGAGGAGCAAAAGAUGGAGGGUCAUAGUGAUUGGGUCAGGGAUGUAGCAUGGGCCCCCUCCAUAGGCUUGCCCAAGAGCAUCAUAGCUAGCUGUUCACAGGACUGUCGCGUGAUAAUCUGGACAAAUGACGGCAUAAGUAACUCAUGGAACUCGGCAGUACUCAACAAGUUCAAGGACGUGGUAUGGCACCUCAGCUGGUCCAUAACUGGGAACAUCCUCGCGGUGUCAGGGGGAGAUAACAAGACAAGCUUAUGGAAGGAAACAUUAGAGGGACAAUGGGUGUGUAUCAGCGACGUGAAAAAGGGCCAGGGGGCAGUAGGGGACGGGCAGCCAGCUAGGAACUUAUGAUUGGACAAUGAAUGGAUAUGAACUGUGUAUAUGUUUUCUUUGUACAUGAUUGUGGAGUGGACAAAUACAGUGUACAGAUCAACCAGAUUGUUUCUCGGGACUCUGAACUGAUACUUCAGUUAUUGUGUCAAAUGGAUUAUGACUCAGUAGGAAUAAAGAAACGGAUGCUGUUUGUGUCAGAUUGAAAAAAAGGAAUAAGUUUCUAUAGAUCUACCCAAAACUAUAAUUAUGUAUCAUUUGGUCCACAAGAGGAGUUGGAACCUUUGUGUUUUAUCAUAACGUACACAUGGUAUGCUUGUUUUAUAUUCAAUGUGCGUAUUGUUCCGAACUUGGUUAAUGUUAACAUCAUUGAUAACAUCAUUUUCUUUAACUUUCAAAUCUGUAUUGCUCUGGAAAGUUAAUGGAUACAAGUGUGAUCUGCAGUAUUUCUAACUAGAUUUGUGACAACUGUUUCAACUGUUCUUGUUUUAUUCAAAUAUGAAUAUAUAACCAUAUCAUAUAAAAUUUUACUUUUUGAAGUUAACAAAGAUGCUAUAAAUUACAUUGUUAACUUUAACAAAGUUCUGAACAGUCUGCUCAUUGAUAAUUUGUUUUCUGAUAAAUAUUAAGUUGAGGUUCUUGGGGUCAUGAUCGGUAUAAGCAUUGUGUAAAAAAUUAAUUUUCGGCUUUUGUUUAAAAAAUGUUCGAGAUAUAUACACGAUAUUACCAGCAUGUGUAUCAGAUACUGUCAAUGCUAAUGACUCUUGCUUUAAAUAUAGUCACGUUAUAUUUUAUAUGCUGCUUAUUAUUGACUGAUAAAGCAAGUAAUGUUGGCAUCCAUUUUAAAGCUGCACUCUCACAGAUUAACCGUUUUUACAACUUUUUUAUUUUUUGUCUUGGAAAGAGCAAAAUUUUGCGUAUAUAUCUGCAAACCAAUGAUAUAAGAUUGCUGACAAAAAAUCAGAUCGUAGAUUUUCAUAUUUCCGUUCGAAAAUUAAUGUUUAAUGGCUUAAACCGUUACUAACGUUUUAAGAAAAAUGCACAAAACAUCAAUUUUUGAACUUAAGUUUAAAAUCUGCGAUCUAAUUUUUUGUCAGCAGUCUUAAAUAACUGGUUUCCAUGGAUUUUCGCAAAAAUUGGCUUGUUCCAAGACAAAAAAUAAAAAAGUUGUCAAACCGUUCAAUCUGUGAGAGUGCAGCUUUAAUGUUUAUCAUUGUACACAAUAGAACUGGGCCCUGUUUAAAUACGUAUUAAAAUAUUGUAAGAUCAUUUAUCAUGUAGAUUCUGCCCAUAACAUUACUGGUGUCCCCAAGCUCUUUUAAGCAGAGUAAGGUUUACAACUUAGAUAUGGUUGUCUGGUUAGCGCAGUGGUUAGCGCACUCGCUUCUCACCAAGGCCACCUGGGUUCGAUUCCCAGCCUGGGCGCCUGUGAGUUUGGUUAGUGGUCACCAAGCCGGACAAGUGGGUUUUCUACGGGUACUCCGGUUACCCAAGAACACAACCACGCUCUCGCGCAACAUCGUGCCAACGAGAGUGACUAAGUAUAAGCUAUCAUAGCUUCCUUCACAAUCGUUGUUAAAUAUAUAAUGGUUAAAGUAACUAAGAUAUCUUAUUUAAACAGGUUCCUGAUCCCUAUCUGAGAAUUUCAUGGAUUAUAAUGAAAGACCUCAUUUCUUAAUAAAACAUUUGGUUAUGAUGGUGUAUGUCAAUUUAAGUAUUGAUAUAAUUGUUGCAUUAUGAUGAGAAAAUAAAUGAAAUUCAACACAUGA